AACACGGAGACGUUAAAAGAAGGCGGGCUUCAGUCUUUUAACAUGGUACCUCGUUGACGAAGUAAAUGAAAUCUCAUUGGACGUGCUGCAAUAUUCAACGGCAUUCAACUUAACAUCCAGGAUUUUAUCUUGGCUUAUUUUAUAGGAAAAUCUAAAAAUAUGGACAGUUUUACAUUUUAUCUUUUAUCAGUUGUUCUUGUGCUAACUUUCUUUGUGGCCACGCCAACGACAGGUAAGAAGCAAUUAUACCACUCGUUUGAGAAUGUUAAGCUUGAAUAUUUCCCUCGACGCAAAUGCUACCCCUUUUAUCUCAAGAUAUUUUUUAUAGUAAGGAGUUAAGCAAUAACUAAUAAUAAACGUUAACCUCUUCUUCUUGAAUAGUUCUUUAAAUACUAAGGUAAUUUUCCGGUUCUUGGAUAACAGGUUUUCGUUAAUUAACUAGCCAGGUUUGUGUGGGUUUAAGCGCAAAUUCUUGUCGGUAAUUAUCUUUUCUAGCGCCCUUUUUAAACAAACAUUAUUUCAGAACACAGAACAGUAGAAUGGUGUUCUUUUUGAUAAAACCAGAGAGGUAAUUGCCAACCAUAUCAAUACCGUGAUAGUGAAACACUAAUAACUUUGAUCUUUGAUUUCUUUUAAACUCCUCUUUCUAUUUCAGGAAGUGAUUCCUUCUUUGGUCUUUAUCGAGGUAACUAAGAUUUUUUAUACCGUUACUGUAUUUAAAUUCAUAUCCUCUCAGCCACGUUUGGCGUUAUUCAAUUUUAAAUGGACCUCUAUGCCUAGCCUAUUUCAGGCUCUCAGAUAGUAGGGAUGACGCGUGAAGUGUAAGGCACGCGGAAAUAUAAGCGCGCUUGAAAAAAGGGGCGGUGGCCUCUCUUCAGUUUCCUUCCGUUUUAUUUUUGUUUUGGGCUUUUUGAAUUUUCGCGGACACGACUAUUUCGGAGCGUGGAACAGGCUACUUUAUACACAGCAGUCAUUUUCGUCGCCAGAGUUGCGAUCCUUUUGGCCAGCGCCAAGCGAAGAGUUCUGGCUGGGGCUAAGGACAGGAAGGUCCGCGUAAAACACAGAGUUCUCCCGGCUUUCCAUGCCCAGCUUCAGAGAUCUGAAACAAUGACGGUUACCAUCGAUUACAAUAAGGGAACCCUCUGCGCUUGUACGCUGGUCCCAGGGGGAGCUGCUUUUGAUCUGUGGCGCUGACGACAAGGAAAUGAGUUCUGGGGAGCAGAAUGAAUAGCAUACAUUCGCAGAGAAAACCUGGACUAUUCAAAAUCCUUAUUUUUUCGUAAGGUCGGCGACACCAAGCACCUACCUUCACCGGCGGCCAUCUUACGGCAAAUGUUUUGAGGAGGCGGGCCCUCGCUUUUAAUUAGAUUUGGCGUGACUUGGUAAAUUUACAGCCAUGAUUACCGCCCGUAAGGGUAGGUGCUGGACCCCGACGAUCCUACGAAAAAAAAUUGGUGACUGUGACGACUCUAGAGAAAACCUAACAGAGAAUAUGAAAUCAAAAUGAUGGACAAUUAUAAAUGGAAUAUCUUUAAAUAACACUAGGAAGUGAUGGAAAUUUAAAAAAGGAAUGGAACUAAGACGUGUCUGUGUCUUCGCUGAGUAGAUCUUUUGACAUUAUUUUGAUACAAAAUGACCUUCGUGAGUCAAACGAAUCAACGAGUUUGCGUAAAGCUUCGUAACGUUCGGUAAUACACGUAUUUCUAGUCAGUACAGUUGACACUUCGGAGCAGCUCUCGUAACUGCGCUUUGAAUUCUGUCAUCUACAAAUGACUAAAAAUGAUUAUUUCUUUUUCCUGUUAGUAUCACGCUCCGCCCCUCCUCUCGCCAAAAACCAAAACCCCGUUUGUAAAAAAGCGCAGUUACUGCACAGUGACAUAGUGCAGAAUGCGUCGCUUGAGGGUCAGCUGCAUGCUGGGAAUUUCACCUUUCUCGGCCCGGUAAAAAACAUGGAGGAAUGUAUGUCAUUAUGCUGCGCGAGCAAGCGAUGUCAGUUGGCUUACAUGGAUAAAGCAAAAUGUUAUGGUGUCAAGUGUUACAGCGAGGAAUUGUGUAAAAUAACGACGGGUUACUCACCGAGUGAAGUCAAGAUAUCGCUGAUGGUUAGGAACGAUAUCAACAGAAAAGGUAUAUACCUGUAAUAAUGAUAUUAUAAAGGAAAUAAAGGGAGAUGUAAAGAAUCAACCAUAAGAGGACACAGAAAAAUUCUGAGCCCCAGAUGGGAUUCGAACCCACGACCCUCCGUGUUCUAGAUCGGUUGCUCUAACCUCUGAGCUACUGAGGACUCGUUCUCGAGCAAGGGUCAUUUUUAUGGGUUAGACUUGCGAACCGCAUCUCGCAGUCACACAGUCCAUCACAAGCAACACAUUUUAAAAGGCUUGACUGUAUCACACAGUCACAUUAAUAGCAAGAAAUGUCUCACCCAUUAAGGAGGAUCCAACCAACCAACCGAUCUAGAACACGGAGGGUCGUGGGUUCGAAUCCCAUCUGGGGCUCAGAUUUUUUCUGUGUCCUCUUAUGGUUGAUUCUUUACAUCUCUCUUUAUUUCCUUUAUAAUACCAAUAUCAGUGGAAUAAUAAUAUUAUUAUUACUAUUAUAAUUACCAUUUUUCUGUAAUCAUAAUUGACGUGAAGAAUUUUUUAAAGACGUUUUAAUGAUCGCUUGUGCCUAUUGAUCAAUUAAUAACCAUAGGGGUAUACUCUUGCUACCGAUAUGGGAUUAGGUGAUAAAGAACUGGGCCUUCAUAACAGCGUUGAUUCUGCUCUGAUGAGGGUCUGGCGAUAAUGUCGUCAGCUCUUGUAUACCUUGCUGUACUAUUUCACCUUUUUUACUUCAUGAACAGAUUUAGCGGGUGUUUUCAGUGUUUUCCCCGGGGGAUCACUCAAAUGUGAGGGGUAGGCUGUACACGAUAAAUGUUACUGUCAAAGAAGUUUGAGUAAAGGUAGGGUAGACGUCCCUGUGUAAGAAAUAAAACCGUUCAUUUUGCACACCUUAUUUCAUGACUCUGACUCAUUUCGUUUCGGAAUUAGCUUUGGUUGAAAAAGAAAAACCUUGUUGGUACCCCGCCCUUAUGUAGACCGCUCAUCGCCAUCCUCCAAACUCUUUUUAUCCUUUAAGUCCCCAUAUCCAAAUACAAAUUCUCCCUACUAAUCUCCAUACAUUUCCUUAAAGAAUUGGAUAAAAGAAUUUGUUUGCUGAUCAAAGCUUUUCCCAUCAGGUGAUCAUCUCAUUAAUUCUCACAACAUUUUCUCUACAUUAUGUAUUGACAUUGUUACGAGAAAAUUGACUUUGGUCACUGUUGGGACUUAAAGAGUAAAGACUUCCUGUUCAAAAAAGACACUGAAAUCCAUACCCUGUUCAGCGGCACAUACCCGUCCAAACCAGUAGUGCACCACCCCCCUCCCCUCCCACACCCUCGGGUGUCUCAUAAUCUUAUUUUCUCGACCAAUCAGGAAUAAAAUCACCCAUGUGUGACGUACUGGCAUCGGCAUCCAGUUUAUGCUAAUUCUUGGCCGCCAACAGAGGUUUGCGCGAAAGAAUGCCUUUAGUCAUGAUCACACUAAGUCUUGAUAUAGCACUAUUUGCUUGUGUUUCUUCCUGUUACGUAGCUCAGUAGGCGCUGUUUGUAUAUUUAUUUUUCAGCGUAUGUGACAGCAUACAUUGUGGUGGUGCUGGUAGCCUUUGGCGCUGCCGUGUCAGGAACAGUGUGGGCCGUAUUUAUAUUUGUUAGAAGGUACGCUGCAACAUAGAGUUGAACAAUUCAGUUAUCAAAGCUGUGUUUUCAUUUUUCAACCUCCAAGGCCGGAAAAUUUUUAGUCAAACCCACAUGGACCUGAGUCACCAAGGGAAGAAUUAAAAUUAAGGGACGGGAAGGAGCGGAAUAUCUCAGCAGAGGCGGCGGAGCGUUUUGAAAUGUGUGGGCAAAAAUAUCUUCCAUUCAGCCAUUUGUAUACCCCUAUUCAGAUUUUCCCUUUGCGUUGUUCGUUGGCACAAGCAAUUUUCACAGGGUCUAGUGCGUCCAUAAUCGAUUUGUGACAAUGCAUCAGUAGGCACUUGUUCAGGCGGACCUGCUUCAUUGUGCUUCUAAGGUAAUUCUUGAGUCGUCUAAGGGCAGUGCGCUCUGAAGUCACCGAUGUCAGAGGUAUUGUCAGAUACAUCCGUAAAAGUGUUGUUCCCCCUGCUCUGCCGCCUGUGCUUAGUCAAUUUUAAAGUCUACCUCAAACGUUAUUUUACUGAACUUGUUUCACCAGAUGGAUAGGGUUUUUGUGCAUAUUUUCGGGCUUUUAAUAAGAAUAUCUAUACAGACAACUCUCUCGGACGGUUUUCUCUCUAAGACGGACACCUGGUGUUGGUCCCUACCGAUUUUCAGUGAAUUUACUGUAACUAUACUCUCUGUAAGACGGGAACCUGCCGUUUUUCAGUCAUUUACGGUAACUAUACUCUCUAUGAGACGGACACCUCUCUUAAACGGACAACGGACACUUUUGAAACCGUCGACGGACAAUUGGGAAGUGUUUUAUGUAGUGAAAAAUAACUCAAAACGGAAAUGCAGGCGCUCUACAUGACAGUAAAUUGCAAAUGUUUGAUAUUUCGUAGUCUUGCUCCAGUGCGCAGAGUGCACUGUUACGCUUUUAGAGCACGAAGCCAUGAACGUUUGCUUGUAAUGAACGUUUGAUAGAUUGCACAAUGAGAAAAGUUUCCACGUCUCUGUAGUUUACUACACAGCCGUUUUUUAGAGUCGUCACGCAACGCUCCUCCCCACUUGUGACGACACUAAAAACGGCUGUGUAGCAGACUAACGUCUCUGUUGCAAAGUUCCAGUUUUACCUGUUUUGUACAAGUUAAACAGACGUGUGUUCAUGGCGAAUAGGUUCAGCUUUAAAAUUACUGGUGUUACGUUACCUCGACUCUCUCAACCGCGACUCCAGUGCCGAGUUGUUCAAAGAUGGGUUUAGAUAACCCCGGGUUAGUGCGAGAUUUAAAUUCAGAUUUGAAGGUCUAAAAAUUGCACAGAAAAUUAUCCGAGAGAAUGAUUUUGAACACAAGAGAAAGAAACCCGGGUUAAAUUUAACCACGGGUCAAGCGCUAAUCGGCCUUCGAACAGCUGGGCCCAGGGCCCGGUUGCAUAAAACGUCCGUAACAACUACGGGUACACGUACGUGCAUUCGUAACUUAAGUCAGUUGCAUGAAAUCACUUAAGUGGUCCACUUAGGGAAUUCACUUAAGUGGUUGCACUUACGAUUUUGCGGGUGUUGCAUAAAACUUUUUUUACGGGAAAAAUAGCACGUAAAUUUACGGGACCUAUAUAGGUCCCUUAUCGUCACUGUUUUUACUAAAUUUAACGAGAUCUUUUACUGAGAAGUGAAAAAAAGUAUUUUUCUUCACGUAAUUCGUUCUAAUGCGCUUUGUUAACCCCUGAUGUACACUUUUGUGAAAAAAAAGGAAGAACUAUCAUUUUCAGUAGAUAUUGAAGGAAAAUAACGUUUGCAUGCAAAUUUCAUUUUUUGAGAGGCUUAAAAGUGUUGGAAACGAAUUUUACUUUCUUUACACUCACCGAUGAUUAGCUUUAAAAAAAAGAGUGAAUCGUUAAUAAAGUACUAUAUCAAGGUUACGUGUGCCCUUAAGUGAGCCCGUAAGUUACCACGUAAAACAGAAACUUACGAGAGUGCUAAGUGUGUUCCAUGCAACACCCGUAAGUGUACCCAUAGCGGAUUCGUAAGUGACCUACUUAAGUGAGCACUUAAGUGCAGGUUGUAUGCAACCGGGCCCAGGGCUUUAACUCUCCAGAAGCCGGAGACCCUCUAAGACGGACAGUCAGGGCCGGUCUCAAAGGUUUCCGUCUUAGAGAGAGUUGACUGCUAAAGAAAUGAUGAAGCACACUGCCUCCAUCUCAGAGGCUUUCUUUUUUCGCACUUUGGUCGCAUCGUGAACGCGAUUGGCUUGUGAUGAAACGCGCGGGAUCAAGGGGUAGAGACAGGCCAAGCGACAUCUGGCCCGCUUUCUCCAUCCCACCGUCCUUUGCGCGCAAAAAGGAAUGUCUGUGAAGGGGACAGAUGAGCGCAUAUGAGGUCUCUAGUCCACUGUUCGAAGACCUUACAUAACUCAUCUUCCAGUGAGGUGCUCUGUGUUACCAGUAUUUGGUCGUUCCUUAUUACUGGUUUCUAAAUCCUUACUCGAGCGGCAGAGAGGUUUGAAAUAUAACACUUUCUGGAAAGAAAGGUACAUCUUCAACGGGAAUAUGAGGUCGCUUUCGUUAAGAGUGAGUUGGGAAAGGUCUUUUAACUUCAGAGAUUGAAAACGCUUGGAUUUUUGGUAGCUGUAAAUCCUUUAAUAGCAGUCAAACAAGCAAACGGCAAAAAUUAUACUAAGCAGUUAUCGGUCCGAAAUCUAAAGUAAUAUAAUUUAUUUCAGAUAUCGAGAAAAUGGCGGGACGAAACCGAAUGAAGGUGAUGAUGAAGAUCCUAAGGCUGAGCCCAAGGUGGGUGCUUGA